GCGGCGUCCGGUUCUCAUAAACUUCGUUGUGCGCAUACGAUUUGAAGCGUGCGUUGCUUCGUUCCAUUUUCGUUUUGUUUCGCGUCUCGAUUUUGAAUUUUUUCGGCAUUUGUUUUUUGUUUUUUUGGUAUUUGUUGUUUCUUUUAAAAGUGAAACUGACCGACUAAGAGCAAAACCGCUUGGCAAACGCGACAGAAAUCCAUUUGAGGCAGCGCCGCAACCCGGAAGACUAUGCCGCUGGCAUAGCUGAUCAGGCGACGAUCUUAACUGGUCAAUCAAUCGAGCACAGUCCGAUAUAUACACAUAGAGAGAAGCUAUCAGCUAUCUGCUAUCAGAAUGCGUCAGAACGUCAAGUUGCAGCUGCUUGGCUCGCUGCUGUUCAGCGCGCUGCUGGGCUACCUCGGCUCCUCGGUGGCGCUGGCCAAGCCAACGCUGUCCUUUAGCCUGCCGCAUGGCCUGCAGGGAUUCCCCUCGUUCCAGUCGUUCACGCAACAGAUCAUCGAGCAGCGCAGCUUGCGUCAAAUGAAAACGUACAGCGGCAAGCGCGUUAGCAACGAUUCGCUGAUCAUGAUAUACUAUCACGAUCUGACCAUAGCCGUCACAGAGCUGGGCCCACAGAAGCUGCUGCUUGGCUGCGAGCUAAUCGAGAUUUACAACGAGAAGGAGGGCAAAAUGCUGCUCGAUGGUCUGGCGCAGUACAAUCGCCCGCUGGAGAUCAAGUUCGAUGAAAUGCUCAAGCUGAUGGACCAGUGCGAACACGUCGACAAGCUCAGCUAUGCCACCAGGCUCAAGUACAAGUCCAGCGAUGAGGGCUCUGAGCGCAGCAGCGGCAGCGGCGGCGGCGGCGGCAGCAGCAGCAGCGAGUCGAGCGUUGGCGUAUCGGGCGGCAAUGGCAGUGCCGGUGGCUCAGCGAAUCAGGAUGGCGUCGCACUCAAGCUGGCGGCGAACAUCUUUCCGCGCAGCCCCUUCUCGCUGCUAAGCGGCAUCAUACCAGGCACCAAGUGGUGCGGCACAGGCGACAUUGCCGAAACGUACAGCGAUCUGGGCAGCGAGAUGGCAAUGGAUCGCUGCUGUCGCCAGCACGAUCUGUGCCCCAUCAAGAUACGCGCCUACCAAAACAAAUACGAGCUCAUGAACGACUCGCUCUACACAAAAUCUCACUGCAUUUGCGAUGAUAUGCUGUUCUCGUGCCUGAAGAUGACCAAUACGUCUGCCUCGCAGCUGAUGGGCUCCAUUUAUUUCAACCUGGUGCAGGUGCCCUGCCUGGAUGGACGCAGCAAUCAAUAUAAGUUCCGUGCGGCCAAAGAAGGUUUCUAGGCGGAACUUUCGAAAAAGUUUUUCCUAUUUGUUUUUUGUUGAUGUUAUACCCUGCAGCCGUUGCGAAUGUGUAUUUGGGGUAGAUUUGCUAGUUUUAGUCUGUCCGCUCGUUCGUCCGUCCAUCUGCCUGGAUUAUCGAUACAUAGAUGUUUCGCAUAAUCGAUAACUUCUUACGUUUGUCAUUAGAAAUCGAUCAGAGAUUCUUCUCUCACUGCACGCAACGGCAUUCAGGGUAUUUUCUAGUCGGACCCUGCCGCCUAGACCUCUCUGCUAUUUGUUUUCUUCACUAAUUGUCUUGUUCGCGGGCUUGUACAUACAAUUAUUUCGGGCGCUACUUCGAUUAUUUAUUAAAACAAUAAACACUAUUUAGGUAUACGAAGGCGCAA